AUGUCAGUGAAGGAGGCCCUAUGUAUUGUGUCAAAAGUGUUCGAAGGGAACAAGAAGGAUUUAAGGGAAUUUAUCGAAAAUGUAGAUGCAGCUUUUGAAUUAGUAAAGCCAGAGGAACACGAAACGUUAUUGAAGUUCGUUAAAGCAAAAAUAACCGGUGAGGCCAGGUCGAGAUUGCAGGUGCGUGAACGCACAGGUACGUGGCAAGAGGUGAAACGCGUUUUAGAAGAAAACUAUGCCAGUAAGGGUACUAUAGACUACUACGCAUGUAGAAUUUUCCAAGCCAGACAGGGACAAGGGGAACCAAUAGCAAUGUGGGCAAGCCGAAUAGAUGAAAUGCAGAGAGAUUUUCGAGAAGCAGUAAACAGAGUUACGGCCAGAGAAAACUUGAAAGGUGCGAUAGAACUAGUUGAUUCCUUAGGAAGAGCGUGCUUUAUACAGGGGUUAAGUAAUGACAGAAUACAAACAAUAGUGAGAAGGAGAGGCGAUGAAAUUACGUUGGCAGCAGCAGUGGAGUUGGCACUGCAGGAGGAGAGUGCGAUAUUGUCCAUGAAAGAGCGGGGACUAGCCCCGAGGGUAACGGCGACGCAGGACAGCAGCAGCGCGACGCGGAGCGACGAGGCACAGCGGUGCCUAAGCAGCCAGCGUUCGAGUCCGAGGGUCCGGGCCGAGCGGCAGCAGCCGUAG